CUACACUAGAACUUGUUUAUCAGCCAUCAUUUAUUUAAUGUCAGUUGGUGACCUAACCAUCGCAGCUUCUAGAAUCUGCUAGAGUUUAGAUAUAUCCAGUUGCUUAAAAAAUUACCAUGGCAGAAGCAGUUUCCCAGCACUUUGAAAAUUUUAAAUCACGUCUUGAUAAAGUUUUGCACGAAAAAAACAAACUCAACGAUUUCUUAGAAAAAAUUGAGCAGAAAACAGGAGUAAGAAGAUUGUACAUCGCACUUGGAUUUAUUGCAAUUAUUGUGCUAUGGCUAAUGGUUGGAUAUGGCUCUCAGUUUCUCUGUAACUUCAUUGGAUUUAUUUAUCCAGCCUACGCAUCUGUUAAAGCAAUAGAAGGUCACGACAAGGAAGAUGAUACAAAGUGGUUGACCUAUUGGGUUGUCUACAGUGUAUUCAGCCUUGUUGAGUUUUUCUCAGACAUUUUUCUCUUUUGGAUUCCAUUUUAUUGGCUUUUGAAGUGCAUAUUUUUGGUCUGGUGCUUUUUGCCAGUACAGUGGAAUGGUUCUCAUACACUCUACUAUAGAUUCAUCCGCCCCUUUAUUUUGCGCCACCAAGAUCGCAUUGAUACUGCUCUUGACAAAGCAAAGGAGGCUGUUUCAGAAGCUAAAGAAUUAGCAGGGGACAUGGCAAAAGAUGAAGCUUUUCGUCGACUUGCAAACAGUGGAAAGAAUGACUAAAUCAGUGCUGAGUAUUGCACUUACAGGUGCACUGUCUUGCAUUCAGAGAUGUUUUGCUCAGUUUUGAAACUGACUUAGUUACUUUGAAAUCUAUGACCACCCAAACAGAAUCUUCUAGUACACCCUUACAACUUCUUGCUUUGGUUUUAUUACAUGUCCAUUUGUCAUAAACAUCUAACAAAUCUAACAGUGAAUUUGGUGGAUUUAACAUAAAAAAAUGAAAGUGAAUUAAGAUAUGUUUGACAGUUCCAAACAGAUGUGUAACUUUUAUAAGAUUUUAUUUUGAACUAAACUUGAUUAAUAGCUUAGUAUUUAAUUCAUUAAGCUCAUAUUGAAGAGACCACUUGCAUUUUGCUCAAUUAAAAAUGACAUAAUUACACAUUUUGCUGAUGGAUAAUCAGUUAUCUAUAUAACGCUAUGUAAAACCCUUUUCACAGUUCCUAUCUAGCUUUGCACAGUAUUCGUUUCCUUUUUGUAUUGACUGGAUACCAUAAGCUUCAUGUUGGUUAAUUAGAUAUUUACCUUUACUUCCUCUAAAGCACUUUAUCAAAUU